AUGGAGCGUCUAUCCCUAAACGAAAGCCCCGCAAAUGCACAACCGCGCAGUCCCCGUCCCCAGAACCAAUUCGCCCAGAAUGCCCUCGGCCCAGCUGGCCCCCAGCCAACAGGCGGUCCCCCGCAAUUACCACCACAGAUGUUCACCACCGCCGCCCAACUGCUCGAUUUAACGGAUAAGAAACUCGUCCUCAUCCUUCGCGACGGACGGAAACUCAUCGGCGUCCUACGAAGCUGGGACCAGUUCGCGAAUCUCGUUUUCCAAGAGACCGUCGAGCGCAUCUACGCGGGCCAGCUGUACGCGGAUGUCCCGCGCGGGAUCUUCAUCGUCCGCGGAGAGAAUGUUCUCCUCCUAGGCGAAGUGGAUCUUGAUCGCGAAGACGAUAUCCCACCUACUUUGACGAAGGCGCCGUUCGAGGAGGUUUUCGAACUCAAGAAGCAGGAAGAGAAUAAGCGGAAAAAGGGCGAUAAGAAGCGCUAUGAUGAGCUGCAGGCUCUGGGCUUUGAGCCGGAACAUAGUGGGGAGAUCUUGUUCUAA